GUGAGCUCCAAGAUGGCGGCGCCCGGGCGCGAGGCGGGGGCUGACCCGCGAGGGAAAGGUGUGGUGCCGGUGGAAGCUGGGGAAAUGCCCAAGAUGCUAUUGGCCAAAUCCUCGUGGUCCCUUGACAUUGACAGCCAUCUCUUCAUACAUCACACUUGAGACACAGGAACCUUCCAGCCUAGAGCCCAGUGCCAUGGGUCCUGCUCACUGGUGUGCCACACAGCAGUUUCCAGUCAAGUCCCUGCUUCGCCCUGGGUACUACUAAGAAGCCGGACAUGUUACUUAUAUCAUCUGGAGCCGUGAUCCACUGUCUCUUCCUAGCCUGGAACACUGUCCCUCUUUCUGGAGUUCUCUCUCACUGUUCUCCAAGGCAAUCCUGCUCUCUCCCAUCUCUUCAGGAAACUCAACGACAUCAAGAUGGCAACAUACACACGUGGUCAACUCAGCCCCUCUCUAGGAGAUAAAGAACUCGGACCGAUGGUCAUUGAAAUCAUAGAAAAAAAAAUUGAGUAUCUUAGAAAAGAAAAUACUUUAAAUAUACGUGGGACACUGCUCGUUGGAACAGCAGCUGGUUUCUCUGGAAUAUUGGCAAACUUCCUUUUCAGACACUGCUUCAAGGUUAAACAUGGUGCUUUGAAGACAUAUGCAUCAUUGACUACACUUCCAUUUUUGUCUACCUUAGUUACGUAUAAGCUCCUUGUUACAGAUGCUUUGUAUUCAGAUAAUAUAAGCAUGGAAGAAUGUGCUCUGAGAAGUUCACUGGUUGGCACAGUAUGCGGUGUUUUAUAUCCAACUGGUUUGGCUUUUUCUAAAAAUGGACGUCUGGCAGUAAAGUACCAUACUGUUCCACUGCCACCAAAAGGAAGGGUUUUACAUCACUGGCUGAUGCUUUGUCAAACAGAUAUAAAAGGAAUGCUGAUUCCUCUAGCCUUUCAGAUAGUCUUUGGAAUAUACCAGGGUAUACAACUUUAUGCAGUAUUUCAGAGUACGUUAGAGAAAACUGUACAUGAAGAUUAACCAAAUAGUGAAUGGAUUUUUUUUAUGGUGAGGACUCAGGUAUUGCUGAAAGAGUUCAAAGUAACUCUGGACAAUUAGUUUCUGUUCUUUUGCCUAGUGUAUAGCAGGUUCUCAAUAAAUAUUCAGAAACUCAAUAAAUAAAUGUAAGUUUUUUCUUUC